UCAUAUUAGCAACAAAAUAAACAAAACGAUCAAUGACCGUAUCAGUGGUUUAUAUAUGAUAACUUAAACUCCAUGAGCAAUCAUAAGUAAAUCCAAUGACUUGUGAAGUACGUAGAGAAAUUUGAUUAUCUGGGAGUAACUAAAGAUUUUCUUUCUUGUACACUAAAAGUAUCUGUUCGAAGUGGAUUUGUUAAACUUUAUAAAAAAGGAAGUUGAUGAGGAUAGCGACCGAGUUAUUUCAACAAAAAAGUGGCAAGUUUACUCGAUGUAUACAAGUUUUUUUGGAGAAGAAAACACCUAAAAAAACAAAAACUACCGGGAUGAUUCAUAAACAUAGGCUGUGAACAAUUUAUUUGGACAAACAAGCGAUCAAGUCAUAAUUUUAGAAUGGGAUCAUUAACAUCGAAACUGACUAAAGCGCUGUCCUCACUAAAGAACUGUCCGGCAAGGAUAGCCAUGAUCGGGCUGGAUGGUGCUGGAAAGACUACUAUACUAUACAGGUUCAAAUUGAAUGAAACGUUGACAACUAUUCCUACUGUUGGAUUCAAUGUAGAAACUCUGUCCCCUAUAAAGGGCCUCACACUUACUGUAUGGGACAUGGGUGGUCAAGACCGUAUGAGACCCUUAUGGAGAAUGUAUCUAAGAGGAACCGAUGGUGUGAUUUUUGUCGUUGAUAGCGCUGAUCGUGAAAGGAUUCACGAGGCGAAGGAGGAGUUAAUGCGUGUGCUCGAUACGCAAGAAAUGAGGCACGUACCUCUGGUAGUGAUCGCAAACAAACAAGAUCUUUCAGGUGCUGUGGACUCCAGUUAUCUUGCAAAGACUUUGGGACUACAACAAAUGUCCAACCGACGCUGGGUUAUCCAUGACGCAUGCGCAAUCAGUGGAGAGGGCAUCUGUGAAUCCAUGGAAUCACUAGCUAAAAUAGUCAAAGAAUUCAAAUCCAAACAUCGAUGAAAACUAAUAUGUUUCGAAUUGAAACCCAAACCCAGUUUUGUCCAUCGUUUCGGAGAGGGUACAUGUGUCGUUAGUCCAUGAAGACUGUAGUCAAAUUCAUACCAAAGUUUCAAUGAGAAACACAAGAAGAUCAAACUGAAUCUACUUGCUUGCACCAUGCACCAAAAGAGAAGGUUCACGCACCAACCACACAAUACUGAUGACAUUAACAACAGUACAUGUAGUUCUGUGUUGUGUUGAAGUUAACAACUAUU